GAAAUGUGAAAUCUCUUAGGCCAAGAAGAACAACCUGAGGACUCUCUUUCUGGAGGUAAUUGAACUCCUUUAAUAAAUCCAGAGGAGAAAUCUGAGAUCAGUACGUCUUUUGUUUCUAUGAUAGAUAAGGAUACAUCACUUGAAAGAUACACUGUACUAACUACUUUCUUCAGCAUUUGACUCUUGGUCCUUGUGUUGUGAGCUCCUUGUUCCUGCAAAGAUGGCUGGGGUCACCAUAGUGGGUCAAAAAAAAAAAAAAAAUCCAUCAAUGACAGAGAUAGGGAAUCUCCAAUCUCUAUCCCAAGACAUGUUCUCGAUGACUUGAGCACAUCAGCAGAUGCUCAGGAUACAGAAGAGAGAUUUCAUCUAUGGGAAAAAGACCCUCUGAAAAGAAGUGUAAAAUCAUCAAAAGAGCCAUUGGAGGGGACACCUGAAAGUCAUGUGGCUGAGGUUUCACAUGAUCCCGCCAUGCUUCCAGUCCAGAGGAGAAAGCUAGACCCACUCCUCAAAAAGUAUAGGCAUCAUAAGAAGGCGACAAGGACAAAAAGAAGGAGGAAGGAGAAAAUGGAGUCCCAGUGCUCACCUGUUCCUCCAACACCUUCAACACCACCACAAAGUGAAGAAGAUGAGACUGUAGACAAAAAGCCAACUCUACUCAGUGCCCAGGAAGAUACUCCUGACCUUCUCUAUGAGGACAGAUUACAGUGUCUGCAGGAAGAGGGUUCCGGUGUGAUUCAUCAGGAAUGUCAGAUCCAGUCCUGUGAGCUCUCGAUGGCUCAGAAGCCCAGGCCCUCUUCUCCUGCAGUGACAUCCUUGGCAUCACCACCACUCUGCUUUGGCAGUUUCCUAAGCUGUGUCUGCCAGACCAUCUCAAGGUCUAGGAAGCAGAAGCCUCGCAGAAGAAAGGGUAACAACCAGGCUGAGGCAGGAGGUGAUGCUGAGGUCCUGAGACCUGGCCCGGCAAAACCAGAGUUGAGCCUCAGCAAAACGUGUAGCCACUUGAAAUUGAUACAGCUUUCCUUUGUGUUUAGUUUUAUACUUCUCUCUGUAUGUCAUUGUUCCUCUUAGUUGAGUUUUUGCCUGUCAAAGAGAUAGAGAGCUGCUUUUAUGCUGAGAUCCUCAAGCCAAAACCCACAGUAAAAGCAAAGUAAAACUUUGAGGCUUUGAACUUUUACUCAGCGGUGGAAUUACUUCCUACUUCCUUCCCAUUAGGUUGAAGGUGGGAUUCUCUCUGGAAUAAGUUGUUCCCAAAAUUCAUGUGUAUUUCACUCAGGAUUGAAGUGAUACAAUUUCAUCAUUUUCGGUAGUGUUUCCUGAUAUUGACGACGAAAUGGAGAUCUUUCAUGUCCAACUCCUUUCAUUUUCUUUUACCUUUGACUACAGAUUCAUUUUGUAUUCUUCUUCUUCAAUAUUUUUUUGAAAUUCUGCCACUCUGCCACUUUCUUUUUUCUUUCUUUCUUUUUUUUUUUUUUAAGAUGGAGUCUCGCUCUGUCGCCAGGCUGGAGCGCAGUGACACGAUCUCGGCUCGCUGCAACCUCUGCCUCCCGGGUUCAAGCAAUUCUCCUGCCUCAGCCUCCAGAGUAGCUGGGACUACAGGCAAGCGCCACCACGCCCAGGUAAUUUUUGUACUUUUAGUAGAGACGGGGUUUCACCAUGUUGGCCAGAAUGGUCUCAAUCUCUUGACCUCGUGAUCCCCCACCUCGGCCUCCCAAAGUGCUGGGAUUACAGGCAUGAGCCACCGCGCCCGGCCAAUUCUGCCACUUUCUAACUUGAAUAAGCCUCAGGAUGUCCUGGCUGCUACACAGCUAUCACUUCCUCCAUCUCUAACCAAUAUUUGGUUUCUUUUUUGUCACUUGUUAGUAGGGUUCC